CCUGCCUACCAGAAUUUGAGACAGCGUGUUGACAACUUUGUUUCCAAUCAUUUGGCAACUCAUACCUGGAGUCCUCAUCUCAACAAGAACCAGCUGAGAAAUAACAUUAGGCAGCAGGUUCUCAAGUCUGGAAUGUUGGAAUCUGGAAUUGACAGAAUUAUUUCUCAGGUUGUGGACCCAAAGAUCAACCACACGUUCAGACCUCAGGUGGAAAAAGCUGUCCAUGAAUUUUUAGCCACAUUGAAUCACAAAGAGGAGGCAGGCUCCAGUACAGCUCCAAGUGAGGAGAAAACAGAUGCUUCUAUUACAGUACAAGGUGUCUCUGCUACAGCUCCUAGUGGCAAUGUAGCUAGUGAUGCAAUGUCCAUUUUGGAAACAAUAACUUCUCUUAACCAAGAAGCAAGUGCUGCCAGAGCUUCAACAGAGAACUCAACUGCCAAGAACAAUGACAAAGUCGCAAAAAGACUCUCAUCUCAGCAGAGUGUGGAUGGUAGCACUGAUAGAGAGAGAAAUGCGGAGGACUUGCCAGACAGAGAGAAAGCAAUUUGUGAUCCUUCUGGAGAAGGGGCUGAAACGUUUGCAAAGUGUGAAGAUUCAAAUGAGCUUCCCUGCCAAAGUGAAGAAAUUAAAAAUUCAGCAAAGGAUACUAAUAAUUUGACUUUUACAGGUAAAGAUACAAGUAAAGAAAUUCAACAGGAAAGUGAAGAUCAAAAGAGUAAAUUAUUAGAUAAGGGUGACAAGAAACCAGACAGCAGUGAAAAAGGUGAAAGAAGAAAAGAAAAGAAGGAAAAACUUGACAAGAAGUCUGACCAUUCAAAGAAAAGUGAUGAUACUGUGAAGUCAAAAGAAGAAAAGCAAGCAAGAGAGUCGGAGCCAGUGAAACAGUUAGUUCCAGAAAAAAAUAGCAAUAAACAUAAAACAACUGAAAGCACUAAAGAAAAAAAUACGUCAGUAGAUUCAGAUAUGGAUGUACUCAGUGACAUCACUGUCAGCUCUGUCCAUACCAGUGACCUUUCUUCCUUUGAAGAGGAGAGUGAAGAGGAGACUGUAAUUUCUGACAGUACUGAAGAGGGAGAGAUCACAUCAGAUGAUGAAGAGGAGAAACACAGUCAAAGUAAGACAAAGCCUCAUGCUAAUGAGCUGAGUGAUGGGAAAGCCAAGCCCGUCCGUCAUGCUUAUGUUCGCAAGCCAUUCUUGUACUCCAAAUACUUCAGCGAUUCUGAUGAUGAACGAACUGUAGAACAACGCCGUCAGUCCAUUGCCAAAGAAAAGGAAGAGAGACUCCUAAGACGACAAAUUAACAGAGAGAGACUUGAAGAGAAACGUAAACAGAAGGCUGCAGAAAAAACAAAAUCGCUAAAAACUGGAAAUCAAAAUGCUAAAGGAAAAAGUGGCUUGAACAUAGAAGAACCUUCAUCAAGAAUUCUUGAGUCAAAAGCUACUGGUACCAGCAUUAAGGAUGUGCUUAAAGAACAGAAAUUUUUAGAAAAAAAAGUAGCCUUGAGCAGAAAAAGAAAGAGAGAUUCAAGGCAUGCUGAAGAUGGCUGCAAAAAGAAAUAUGAGCCAUCUGAAGAAGAUUCUAAAGACAUGCAAAAGACAAAUGAGACUUGUGAAAAAAAUUCUUCCAAAGAAUUGAAGCAUAAUCAUGGGAAAAGUGAAAUCUCUAAACAGCUUAGAAGACUUUCAGAAUCGGUGCAUUCAACUGAGGAAAGCAAAAGUGAUUCUAAAGCAGAAAAAGAACAUAAAAGAAAAACCUCCACCUCUCUUCAGGUUGAAGGAGCCCAGCAGGAAAGCGAAACAAGGGAUCCAAAAAGACAACUGGAUAGAGCAGAAGUCAAUACUGAAGAACUACAGAGGCAGAAAUCCAUAUUUAAAAAUGAAAAACACCCCAAAAAAGAUAGUGACACAGAAAUUCAACAUAUGAGAAAUGCUGCCAAAAAAGAAUCCAAGUCUUACAGAGAUAAAAAUGAAAAGGAAAAAACUACUUUAGAAGAUAAACUUUCUUUAAAGCACAAAUAUAAAGGAGAUGGUGUUCACAAAUCGAGUGAAGAUGUUGAGCUCCAUUCAUUUGAGAGAAGUUUGAAAGGAGAGGAUGGUGGUCAGAAACAUAAUCAGCAAGUGAAGGUUUCCUCAGAUGAUAAAUCUGAAAGAAAAAGUAAACACCGAAGUGAACGGAAAAUAUCGGUAACAGGAAAAGAUGGAAAAAAUAUUUCUGAAUCAGCCUUAAAAGCUGAAGAAUUGCUGCGUAAGGAAAAUAAAAAAGACAGACAUCUCUCAACAGAAAAAUCAAGAGCAGAAUACAAGUCCAAAAGGUCCCUGAGUGAUUCUAGGCCACAAAAGGAUUCCCUAAGUGCCUCAAAGCAACUUGCUUCUGCAUCACACAGAAGGAGCGAAAGCUACUCGGAAGAUAAACAUGACAUAGAAUCAACUAACUCUGAUUGUAAUUUGAAACAAGAAGAUGGUGUUCAUAAAGACAGACGAAGAUCUAAGAGCCUUGUAGAAGACAAGAUUUUGUUAAAAUCUAAGUCAAAGAGUCAUAGUAAGCAAUUCAAAGCAUCUGAAACAGAAUUACAGGAAAAUGUAGCAAAACAAGAGACUGGUCAUAAACUAGACAAAGAUAAGAGCAUGGAAGAGAAUGACUCAGAUAAGCAACACAAAUCCAAGAACGAAGACAAAGUUUUUGAUGAAAGUGGUGCUGAGUUUGAGCUUGUAAGUGGCACACAGUCAACUCAGGUAUCACAAAAAGACUUUAGUCACAGAGUUAAGUUACAUUCUGGAGAAAAAGGAUCUGUAAAAGAGAAGUACAGAGGUGAUAAAGAUUUAAGCAAUUCCAAACUAGAAAGAAGAUUCUCUGCUGAAGGUCACAAAAGCAGAAACUUAAAGCACAGCAACAAGGAAAUAAAGAAGAAGGAAGAGAGUAUCAAAUUGGAAGAUAAAGAUAUUAAAGAAAUGGAUAGCAGGCAAGAGAAAGUAUUGAGCAUCACAGUGGCAAUGGAUAAAAAACAAAGUAAGAAGAUAGCCUGUGAAAAUAGAAAAGGCAGUAUAUCAAACCAAGAUUUACUCGGAGAGGAAAAGCAAUCAGCUAGCACAACUGAAAGCAGCCAUGCUCCAGCCCCUCAAAAGUCAAGUAUGAAUAAUGAUGACUUGCAUUCUGGUCACGAGGAAGAGCUGAUGGAACUUGAUUUGAAACAAACAAAAGGACAGGAGGCAUCUAACAUCGAAGGAAAAAACAUUCAAAACUCCCUCCAAGCCACAGAUGCCAAGUAUGCAGCAAAAGAAAAAAUAUCUCUCUCUAUUUCAAAUAAGGAAUUAAAACACAACUUGGCAGAUGCCAAAGCUUGUGAAUUACAGUUUCUGCCUGCAGCUGAAAAACCUGUAAAACAAGAAGAUAUCCCUAAUAAACAAGUUGGUGCCUUAGACACUUUGUCCAAACAAGAUUCUGUGGAUCAAGAACCCAAUAAACAAGGGGCUUAUAAAAUGAGUGUUGUGUAUGAAACAAGUGGUAGAAUCUUACUGAAUGUUCCCAGUAAGGAUCAACCUUCAGAAGAUAGCAAAAGACCAAAGAAUUUAAAAACUGUGAUAAAUUCUAAUUCAGAUGAUGUUCCUGUAGCAAUUAAUUCUUCCAGAGAAGAUGCUGCUGAUGCGAAGUCCAUGGAUAUGGAUAUCCCAGAUGUUACAGAUUCUUUGGGUAGCAUGUCUAAAGAAUGCCAUAAUUCAGAUAGGACUUCGUUAUUUGAAGAUACUUUCAUUUUGAAGAACGAUGCAGCACAAGUUGUAUACAUGGAACAUCUUUCUGUCAUGAAAGAUGAUGGUGACAACACAACUGUGACAAACAGUAUAGAAAAAGAUAAUGAGGUUCACCGACCUGAUGAACAGGCAAUGGAAGACAGUACAGCUGGAUUACCUAGUCAAGCAGACUCUGAUGAAGCAGCAAAGUUAGAAAGCGCUCAGGGAAGUGAGUUAAAAAUAACAGAGGAAGAUUUGAUGACUGACAUAACUGAAGAUUCUGGAGAUGUAACAACAAAAGAACUUCUCCUAAAAAGAAGAGAAGGAGAGUGCUUGAAUACAGAUCCUUCUGUGAAGGGAGAAAGAAGCACAAUGAUGGAUAAUGUGGAAAAGAACAAGGUGCCUGAUAUUGAUGAUAUGAUACAAUCUUCCUCUGUGCUAGUGCCUGAAAGAGUUCCUGAUGAAACAAUCAAAGGCUCUAUUACAGCCAGUGAGCAAGAAGGGAAUAGUGUGAUUGGCAGGGAAGAUAAAAAUGAAAGCAAUGCAGUAGGUACCAGUGCAGGAAGUAGUAAACUUAGUUUGUUGUACAGCAGCCUACAAACAACUCCAGCCACUGUGAUAGGAACUAGCACAGAAAAGAUCACUGAGAGUGCUGUAAUGGCCACUAGUACAGGCGAAGAAGGACCUGAGGGUGCAUCACAUUCUGAAAAGGACAGUGAUGCUACAACCACUUGCUCAGAAGAAGAAAGUGAGGUGACUGUAAUCUGCACAAGCAUAGAAGCUGAUGAAGGUUUCACAACGGGCAUAUGGGUAAAAAGUAGUGAGGGUAGCAGUUUUAUCACAGGAGCAGAUAUGGGUGAGUGUACUGUUGCAGCAGCUGAAGAAGGUGGUGGCAGUGUUGUCACUGAAGGAUUAGCAGAAAGUGAAAGUUUCCUAACAAGUACAGAAGAAGAAAAUGGUGACUGUACCAUGGUUGAUGCAGAAGAAAGUGGUAAGGAUUCAGUCAAUGCAAGCGGAGUAGAAAUUGAAGACAGUGUGAACAGUGCUGGGGCAGAAGAAAAAGAUGAUGCUGUGACUAGUGCAGGCUCUGAAGAAAAGCGAAAGACCUCAACUUGUGUAGGUACAGACAAAUUUGAAAGUUCUGUAUCCUGCUUAGGUGAAGUAGAGAGCGAUGGAGCUGUAACUAGUGCAGGGACAGAAACAGGUGAAGGGUCGAUGAGUGGUGACAGUUCAGGUGAAUUUAGGGGCAGUGUGAGAGCUGGCCCAGUAAAAGAACAUGAAGGUACUGUGACUUGCACAGGUGCAGAAGAAAGAGGUCAUAACUUCAUCAUCUGCUCGGUGACUGGUACAGAUGCCCAAGGAGAAGGCACUGUAACUGGUGCUUGUAUUGCAAUGGUCACAAACAAUAGUGCCACAACUGGAACUAGUGGUGACAAAUCUGAGGAUACUGUAAAUGGUGAAAGCGCGGUGACCAGCACAGGCAUAACUCCAGAAGAUGAUGCUGAAAUUUCAGUAGUCUGCACGGGGCUAGAGGACAGCAAUGAGGGGUUUGCAGUUUGUUUAGAAGCUGAAAAAUGUGAAAGUCUAAUGGACAGUACAAGGGCAAAGGAAGAAGCCAGCAUCACUACAGUCAGUGUAGGUCCAUGUGAUGAUGAAGGUUUUGUGACUAGUACGGGCUCAAAAGAAGAGGAUGAAGAAGGUGAGGGCAUUGUGACCAGUACAGGAAGAGGAAAUGAAGAAAAUGAGCAUGCUUCUACUUGUACAGGAAUGGAAAAUGAAAAUGCGCUAAUUUGUAUUGGUGCAGAAGAAGGUGAAAGUUCUGUUAUCUGCAUAGUUGCUGAACAAAUGGAAGCUGAGUCAGGAGUGGCUGGCACAAAUAUAAAUAAGCUUACUGUUGACAGUAUGACAAGUGCAGAGAAAGAAGCUAAUUGUGGCACACACUGCAAAAAUGAUAAAGGGAUUGUUGAAAGCAGUGUAACCAGUGCAAGUGCUGCGGAUGAGGGUGCCUUGACUGCACAUAUAGGAAAGCAUGAAAGUAGCUUGAUUCCCUUAGAUGCCGAGGAAUGUGAGGGUCCCAUGACUAGUGCUAUGGCAGCGCAAGAUAAGAGUCAGUCUGGCGCUGAAGACGAACAUGAGAAUGCCAUGACUUCCUUUGACAGCAGAGAACUCGAUGCCUCUAUAAGUAGUGCAGUUCCAAAAGAAGAUGAGAAUUCUCUUAUUCCUACUGGCAGAGAAGAAAAAGUAAAAGGUGAUAUCAUCUCUACUAGUACAGUGGAGGAAAGUGAUGCUCCCUUACAUUCAGCCAUGGAUGCUGAGGAAGGUCCACUUGCUGUUGCAAGAGCAGAUGAAAGCGGGGAAAGCUCUGUGAUCUUAGUAGAUACUGAAGACACCGAAGUGCCUAUGCCCAGUACAGCUACAGAGUUUAAAGAGUGUGUGCAUACUUUUGGCAGUACACAGGAGAAAGAUGAGUGCACUAUGAUUUCCACCAGUAUUGUGGAAGAAUUUGAGGCUCCUAUGUCAAGUGCGGCUAUUGAGUAUGAUGGUCAGCUCCCCUCCAUGAAAACAGAAGAAAUAAAUGAAAAUGCUGUGGUUUCUAUAGAUAUGGAAAUAUAUGAGGUUCCCAUGCCUAGUGAAUCCAGUGCAGGAGGAGAUGAUAACAAUGAUGAUGAAAGUCACCCAACUGCUAGCGGUAAGGAAGAAAAAGAUGAGUGUGCUAUGAUUUCCACAAGUGUUGUGGAAGAACAAGUAAUCCUAAUGUCAGGUGAAGUUACAGAAGAGGCAAUUCAACAUGUGUCAGACACGGAGUCAAAAAAUGAAACUGUAAUGAUCUCUACGAGUACAGCAGAAUGUUUUGAACCCCCUAUGUCUAGUGUAGCUAUGCAAGAUGAAAACAAACUUGCUGCUUCAGAAACAGAAGGAAGAUAUGAAGCUGCUAUGAUCACUACAAGCAUGACAGAAGAAUGUGAGAUAGUCUUGAUCAGUGCAGCACCACAAGCUGAAAGUCAGCUCAUUGUAGCAGAAGGCGAUGAAGAUGCCAUUAUCUCUCCAAAUGCAUCAGAGGAGUGUAAGAUUGUGGAGACCACUGCAACUGUAGAUGAACAAUUUGAACUAGCUGCUUUCAAUGCAGAUGCAAAGAGCAAAGGUUCUGUGAUUUUUGUGGGAGAAUGUGGAGCUCCUGUGCUGAGGGUUGCCACGAACAGUGAAGAUCAAGAUGCUGCUUCAAGUAUAGGAGAUAAGGAAGAGGGGGCAGUGAUCACUUUGAGCACAAUGGAAGAAUGUGAUAGUCUCUUCACCUUUACAGUCAUAGAAGAAAGUCAACUUGCUGCUGAGAGUACAGAAGUAAAAGACAAAAGCGAGGAAAUGUUUAAUACUGCUAACCAGAUUGAAUGCAUCCUAUCGACUACAGGCCCAGAAAAAAGCAGUAAUUCUUUGCUUGUCAUUGGUAGAGACAAGACCCAUGAGAGUGAUGUGAGGGGAGAAUCAGCAGCAUCUCAGACCACAGUAGACCGUGAAAUCACAGAAACAGAUGAAAAUUCAGUGAACCUCAUGAGUGUAGAUGAAGCCCUUUGCGUGGAGAUUAGUACGGAGACUGCUCUGAGUCCAGGUCCUUCCUCAGAGGCAAGCGAGGAUGAUCAGCAAGCUGAAGAUGCUUUGCAUGAGGAUGUUACAUCAGAACUCUCUUGUAUGAUUUCAGAAGCAUCAGUAGAGAGUGAAACUGUAAGGAAUGUAAACUAUAAAUUUAACUCAAACUUGCUUUUAGAAAGUGACUUUUCUGAAAUAAGGACUCCCCUGCCUAGGGCACAGGCUCUUUCCUUAGUUUCUGCAAACGAAGUGACUGUAAAUACCAAUCCUGGUGAAGUGACAAUAGAAGCAGAAUUAGGUGAAAAAAGUGACUUCCCUGUGUUGCAUGUAGAAGACCUAUACAGUGGUGAUGACAAAACGAACUUGGUCAAAAUAGAUGAUAUUGGAAUUGAAGUUACUUUUCCAAAAAGUAAUGCAACCUUUAAUUCAGGCAAUAAUGCAGCUUUACCAAAGUUGGCAGAAGAACUAGAAUUUGAAAGUAACUUGAGAACUGACGAGUCACAACAGCCUGAAAGUCCAAGAAGUGAAGAGGAAUAUGCGGAUGUUCAUACUAAAGAAUUUCAAAAAG